GUAGCCCAAAAAGAAGUGAUGCAGGAGAGGGAUGGGAGUUUAUUGAGAGGGCAGUUGCCUCCCUCUCAUCUGCACAUGAUUGAUCACUGUAUGCCCCUCUUCCAAAAACACCCCUUUCAUCUUUCUUCUUCGCCGGAAAGAAACUACGGAGUACGGAGUAGUAAACAAACAAAUAAAUAAAAACUAGGGAGUAUAUUUUCUUGCUGUUAUUGUUAUUAUUAUUAUUAUUAUUAUUAUUGGUUGAACUAUGAGGAGGCUGUGAUGAUAUGGUUUUCUGUGUUUUCUCUUUUUGGGCUAAUAAAUCAUGAGGCAUUUGGAGAAACGGUCCGUAUCUUGGCGGGGCGACCCGGAAUCGACCCGGUUGUUGCAGCCAUGGCGGUCUCGUCUUUCUAUUUCCCUCUGGAAAAUACAGAUCUGAGCCUCUCUAAAGCCGUUUUUAUAUUUCUCCCCUUGGAUUAUGUUUCCAUUAAAGCAUGUUUCUUCUCUGAUUUCGUCCUUUUUCCCCAGAUCUGAGUAUAAUCUCAUCCAAUUCCUUUUGAAAUUUAUGUGAAAUUAACUUAUUUGUUUAUUUAAGAUGAAAAUUGAUUUGUGUGUAAUAAUUUUGGCGAUUUCUGAAAUAGUUCAGUUGGAGUUCUGUAUUAAAAAAAUUCUAUUUUUUGAAAUCAAGACUCUCCUUGUGUUGAUUUGAGCUUGAAUUUCAAGUUUUUGGGUGUUGAUUACAGAAGUUCGGAGAAUGAAGGUGAUAUGGACGGUGCAGUGCCGGAAAUGUGGCUCAGAGGACUGCACGGCAGGGUGUGGGAAGGCGUGCGGCACGGCGGCUUUCUCCCCUCCAUUGUAAUGCUCAAACGUUUCAAAACAAGUUUCCCACUAGUCUUGCCCGGGACUAGUAACUGCCCGGGCUUCGUCUAUUUCCAUUCUCGUAAUAAGAGAUCUUUUGUGACCGGUCUUCCCCCUAGUCACAAAAGAUGGAAGAAAAGAUUUGUUUUUGUUGAAUUCCCCCCUGACCAAUUUCCUUUCUCAAACCCUGAGUGGGCUGACCGGGUUAUAAAACCUGAAAGGGUUCAUCCGGAGCCCACUAAAGAUCUUGAGGACGCCUGCGAGAAACUUCUCAAGGGUGAUCCUGUGACCGGGAAACCUUAUGCCUAUGGGGGCUGGGUAUUCCGGCUACCUAACCCGGAUGGGGGUGCGUCUGUGACCCAUGACGCUGAGGAUAACCGGGCUGAUUCCCCAGAUGGUCACGCUGAGGCCGGCUCUCCUCAUCCAGACAUGAACUUCAACAGGAUGACCACCAUCAUUGAAGAUGACGACGAUGAUGUCCAAGUCCUCCACUCCAACCGGUCUCCUCUCUCUAACUCUCCUGGAAUGGAUGGGGCCACAAGUGCCCGGUGUAGCCCUAUCCAUGAGCAGAGCCAGAAGCUGAAAUCUCCUUCAGCCAGGCAUCAUUCUGAGGUUGACCGGGCUAAUUCCCCCAAAGUCCCGGUCCAAUCAGGUGCUAAAGAGGUUGGUGCAUCUUCCUCUUCAAAAGCCAAGGACCAAAAAAGGAAGAGCUCUCAUAAGAGUUCCAGGGGAGGCAAGAAGAGGAAGAUUAGUUUAUCAGACAGGGAGGGGGAAUCCAUCGAAGAAGCCUUCCUAUCCCUGGCCAAAAAACUCAGCAAGGCCGGGGUCAUUUCAGAGGAGAUUGGCCAAACAUUAAAGGAGAAGGACCAGGUCUCCCAACUCACCCUCCUCCUUGAUUCUGCUAAGUUAGAGAUCAAUGACCGGGCAGAAAGGGAGAAGAGGCUGGAGGAAGAGUUGAGGGAAGAAAGGGUCAGGUUUGCCCUUUUGGAGGAGGAAGGGAAGAGAAAGGUGGCCGAGCUCGAGGAUGCACUGGGCCAGGCUGAAGAGGCUGCCCGGUCAAAGGAGGAGGCAUUCCCUACUGAAGCUGCUGGCUGGGCUGCUUGCCAUCACUUGGAAGUUGCCCGGUCUAUUCUCACCACGCCGGAGGAAACCAUGGACUUCUUCAAAGUCAUGUAUCAAGAGCCGGAGGGGAAGAGGAUAAUAACGGAGAUAGGGUCUUAUGGAUUCCAGUGUGGCCAGAAAGAUGAAAGGUCGCUCCUCUACGCAAGGCUUCAGAAGAGGGAUCCUUCUUUCGACCCGGUUAAAAUGAAGCUCCCGGCCUUGUACAAGGAAGAGCCAACUCCCCCCUUUCCCCUAGAAUAGGUGCCGGGUCAAAAAUUUGACCGGUCAAAAUGAAAGUUCUCCAAAUUU